AUGUCAGAUGAUGAACCGGUAACCUAUGAUUCCUCUCAAUCAUCAACCAUAUCCUUUAAUUUUGAAAACAUUAAAAUUGAAAAUAUUAAAUCGGAGAAGAAAACAACAGCAGAUGUUAUUGAAAUGGGAUUGGAUUCGGAAAAUGCAAUUGAUAUUGAUGAAGAGGAUGACGUCAUAUUUGUAACAUCAUCACGAGGUCGUAUCAAACAAGAAAAUGACUUGUUCAUAACUUCGGAAUUGGAACUAAAAAGUGUGAGAGUGAAGAGAGCAGGUAUUGAAAAAUCGUGUUUUAUCAGAUUUUACUUUCGGGAUUGCAAAUACUUUAAACAUUCAAGGUCUGCUAUCAGUUAUUUUGUUCCGUGCGACCAGAAAUUCCAAAUAUUCAUCUACUCUCAACUAUUAAAGAAUAAUUAUUUGGAUAGUGGUAGUAGUAGUAGUAAAUCUGAAUCUCCGAUUAUUGAUUGGAACAAUGAGGCUUUUGAAAUUAUUCCCAUGUUUAUGUAUCCUAAACGAAUGAUUCCCUUAUGUCCAAAAUGUUUUGAAGAGUACAAGAAGGGUCAAUCCACUCUAAUGUUUGACCACAUUUUGAGCACAUAUCACGGUGGUGGUGGUGCCUCUACAUCUUCAGAACAAGUGGAAAACAUUGGAGUGAAAGUGGAAGUUAAAAAGGAGAAUGCAUCGGUAGGGAAGAAUUCAAGAGAAGUACAAUUGAAACCACCUCAUGAUUUGAUUGAUAGAUUAAUUUACAAUCGAAGAAGAUUACAAAGAAUAUUGGAACAUCAUUGGUCAAUACCCAAGCCAAGAAAUAAUGAAAAUAGUACGAGAGUUAUUAGAAUGAUAUCUUAUAUUGAGAGAUUAUAUCUAUAUUUUAAACAUUUAAUAGCUGAGAAGGAAUUUAGCAAAGCAGAUACUAUUGGUAAUUCUAUUUUAUUGAUUAUGGCCACUCAUGGUCAAUAUUUCAGUAAGAAAAUAUCAGGACAUUAUCCAUUAUUAUGGAUGGAAAGAGAAGAGUUGUUAAUUACACAUACUAAGGUAGCUAUGGCAAAUGCAUUUCUGAAAGGAACGACAGCCAUGCUUGAAAAAUCUCACAUCAACAAGACUGGUGUCAAGGCCUACAUGAACACUAAGAUGUUUUCAGAUCAGAUUCAUCUUACUUCAUUAUUGCAAGUUUCAUUCUUCCUGUUCAGAAUGACAAAGAAAGAGAAGGGUUUAUUUUUGCUAAACAAAUUUACUUUGAGUUGGGUAUUCUCUUCAUUUUGUAGAGGUUAUUAUGAUAUUUUGGUUACAAGACAAACUGGUGGUUAUAAUGCUGUUGAUUUAUCUGCUUUGGAGAACCUCUUAUUCAGAUUACCAGGUUUUAUUCAUAAUCAUGACUUUUUGGAUUUCUUGUCAGAGUGUGCUUUCAAACAGAACAAAAAACCUCUUGUGAAGGAUUAUCACGCUAGAUUUUAUGAAAAUGCUCCAAAUGAUAUUUAUGCAAAGGUGAAAUACAUGAAAAUACUAAUGUCUCUAUGUAAGGAGGAAAAACAUUUAAUUGUUUCUCUUGCUUUGGAAAUAUUACAGGUGGAUCCACUCUCGACAAUAGCAGAAAAGGUUUUGAAUAUUUAUGCUUUUGAGAAUUCUGUAACGAGCUUAAAAGUCAAGCUAAAUGCUGGUCAAGUACUAUCUCUGAUGAAAUCAUUGUGGAAGUAUAUUGAAAGUGAUUUUGAAUUGGAUUCACCAUGGAGAGUUCUAUCUAAAACUAUUAUUUAUGCUACAAAAUCACUGACACCAGAAGAAACUGUAGCACUUAUUAAGGAAUUUCGUGAAUUUUCCCAACCAACAUUUGAUUUAUUUGAAAUUGGGGAUGUCUUGUACGCAUAUCUUUUGAAAAGGAUGGAAAAUGCAUCUCCAAAGGUAUCUGAAAAAAAGAAAGAUCAAAAUAUUCUAUUGGCAAUGCAUUUAAUUUAUCAUAAUAAUACUGAAGUUGUUGGAGAUUUUUCAAAUGAAAAAUUAAUGGAAUCUCUAAAGAAUUCGAUUUGGCAAAAAGCCCAAAACUUAAUAACAGCAGCCAAUGUUAUUGUUGAGAGAUUAAAGUAA